AACUGCCCGAACAGUACGGUAUGAACCGUAAAUCAACGUAUUUUAAGCGCCGAAUACAGGUGUAUAACUUGUUAAACCGGCCCCGGGGUGUCUGGGCUUUCAUCUAUCACAUAUUUGUGUUUUUGUUGGUGUUUUUCUGUUUGAUUAUGACUGUGUUAAGCACCGACACCAACUUUGAAACCAUAACGUGGGAGGUAUUAAUUUUGAUUGAAACGUGCAUGGUGGUCGGUUUUGGUAUUGAGUUUAUAGUACGAUUGUGGGCAUCGGGCUGUAAAUUAGAGUACAAGGGCUGGUGCGGCAAAUUAAAGUUUCUUCGUAAUCCAUUACGGUUGGGCGAUAUCUGCCUUAUUAUAGUUUCAAUAGUGCUCUUGCAAGUGGGUCCGGCCGAUGGGCACCUAGUAUUUGAUGGUUUUGCUGUACGCGGUUUUCACCGCGUUUUUCAAGUGAUCCAGAUGAUUAAGUCUGAGCGCCAGUUCCGACCGGCCAGUAUACUCAUGUCGGUGCUCUCAUCGCAACGUGAACAAUUGAUUAUAACCGUUUACAUUGGCUUUAUUGUGCUGUGUUUUAUGGCUUUCCUCAUAUAUUUGGUGGAAAACGGUGUCAACGAAUACUUUGAUACCAUCGCCGACUCCUUUUGGUGGGCUGUAAGUGCCAACCGCUACCCCUUUCCCUCCUUUCCCUCACUAGCGCUGUUAAACAUACAGGAAUUUCCUGUUACAUGGGCAGGCAAAUUGAUCACAUGCAUAUUUACUAUAUUGGGUGUCUCUAUAUUUGCACUGCCGGCGGGAAUUAUAGGCACCGGACUGGCCAUCAAUGUUAGCGAAGAGCAGAGAGUGGAGCGUAGAAUAAAACGCAAAGUACCGGCGGCUGUACUCAUACAACGGUGUUGGAGGUACUACGCGGCCAACCCACAGUCCCGUUCGGUGGCAACAUGGACACUUCAUAAGAAACACUGCGACAUGCUGUCCAAUGCCGAGCGCAACGGUAUCCGGUUUAUCCGAAUGGUGCAGUUCGUGUUGGCCCGACAAACAUGGGAGUCGCUCCGGCAAAGGCCAGACAUCCAGGAUGUGCUCGAUCAGUACCAAACGGGCCACUCGUCGCUACUUUACCGGAUUAAAGAAAUACAACACGAUUUGAAUUUGAUUGUGGGUAAAGUGCACACAAAUGGGGCCAAAAUGGUUGAGUCCAAGGCUGGGCUCAUUGAUAGGAUAGAGAGACUGGAGCGCACGCACAGGGAUUUGGACCGCAAACUAGAUGUUAAUUUUGAGUUAAUAUUGUCGGCACUUAAUGACCGGUCCGUUAGAUCCGAGUAUAACUUAAUGAGAAAUGAUGUGAGCGCUAGAGGUUGUGGUGAAACAAGGAUAGACUCCCACUUGCAAUCGGUGAUCAACGGGUGGCCGCAGUUGGCUAUAUAUAAGGGAAUCACAUUCAAUACACCCAUAAUCAGUUCCCUGGGCUCACCGUUGGGAAACUGUGCAAUUGGUGUUGGGUUGGGAGGCGUCUACGAGGGCGUUGUAUACACCAUGGCUAUACUCCUUUUGUGCCAUAGCUUUCUGGUG